UUUAUCAACAUAAAUGUCAUCACUACUACCCAUCUUUUGCUUUUCUUACUACUCUUCCCUCCUUUUUUUAAUUAAAAUUCACAUCCAAGUCUAGUUGCUUUCCUCCAUUUAUUGCCUUUAAACCCAUUCAGUUUUCUCAAGUUUCGGUAAUUUUAGAAACAAUUCUACUACAAACACAUAAUAAAUUACAGAACACUCGGGUUGUUCGAGUGCAGGUGUUGUGUGAGUGUUCUUCAAGAAAUCAUUCUAGACAGUUGGGAUUUCUGCAACGGUCAUAAAUUCAAUUUAAUGGUGAGAUUACUAACAACCAAGUUGAAUCAAACAUGGAAGAUUAUCAAGUGAUAGAGCAGAUAGGGAGAGGUGCUUUUGGAGCUGCAUUUCUUGUUCUUCACAAAAUUGAGAAAAAGAAGUAUGUGUUGUAGAAGAUUCGUUUUGCCAAACAAACAGAAAAGUUCAAGCGCGCUGCUCAUCAAGAGAUGAAUUUAAUAGCAAAGCUAAAUAACCCAUAUAUUGUCGAGUGCAAAGAUGCAUGGGUGGAACAGGGAUGCUGUGUGUGUAUUGUAACAAGUUAUUGUGAAGGAGGAGAUAUGGCUGAGAUAAUAAGAAAAGCUAGAGGAACAUUUCUGCCCGAGGAGAAGCUCUGCAAAUGGCUGACUCAGCUUUUGCUAGCUGUGGACUAUCUUCACUCCAACCGCAUCCUUCACAGGGAUCUUAAGUGCUCAAACAUAUUUCUUACAAAAGACAAUGAAAUCAGAUUGGGUGACUUUGGACUUGCAAAGCUGCUCAACAAAGAUGACCUUGCUUCUUCGGUGGUGGGCACUCCAAACUACAUGUGUCCAGAGCUUCUAGCAGAUAUACCUUAUGGCUACAAAUCCGACAUAUGGUCCCUAGGUUGUUGUAUGUUUGAAAUAGCUGCACAUCAACCUGCAUUUAGAGCUCCUGAUAUGUCCACUCUAAUAAACAAAAUAAACCGGUCCUCUAUUUCUCCACUCCCAACCAUUUAUUCUUCUACAUUGAAACGGUUGAUCAAAAGCAUGCUAAGAAAAAAGCCAGAACACAGACCAACUGCUGCAGAGUUAUUGAGGCAUCCCCAUCUAAAGCCAUAUCUUGUUCAAUGCCACAACUUACCUCCUGGAUUUCUUCCAGUGACAUCUGACAACAAUUACAAGGAUAAAUCACCAAGAACCCUACUUUCUGAGAAACCAAACAUCCAAAAAGACCCAGAAUUUGGGAAGAGAAGACUGCUAAAGGAGUCAGAUGAUGGUCAAGCAGUUGAUGAAAAUGCAAGUGUUCCAAGACAAAAGGAAUCAAGAAAUGACGUGCCCAUUUCGUUUUAUCCCCAUCAAGCUAAAGUUGAAACUGAAAGGGAGAGUCUUCGUACUAUCUGUUCCAAGGAAAUAUUGACAGGUGAUGAAGAUUCAACCACUGAAAAUUCCCGGAAAGUGCAAGCUAUGGAAGAACCUGAUACAGUGAUUGAAGGAGCUAGUGAAGAAGAUCACAAGAAAAUGGCAGCAUUUAGUACUUGUGUGUAUAGAAAUGGAUUUCUUGAAGAUGAAAGAUCAUCAGAAACUAAGUCAGUCUUCAAACACGAGCAAGAGAAAGUACCCUUAUGCUGUACUUGUACAACAGAAAUCCCCAAUCAAAAUCCAGAACUUGCUUCCACUGAAAAUAUGUCAUCAACAAGUACAGUGACACUACAAUGUGCACAUGAAGGAGGAGAAAAAUCAGACGAGCUUAGUCCUUGCAAGCAUACAGGAAAAGAAUAUGCUCAUGAAUUGAAUCGGCUUUUUAAUGUCAACUCAACAAAAAGUACAAUAACUUUGUUGUAUGGUGACACGACAAAGAUUAUAUGGGAUACUCUGAGCCAACAAAGAUCAGAAGCUCUGGAAUCGCUGCUUGAGCUUUGCGCGGAAUUACUCAGACGUGAAAGGCUCGAGGAACUUGCAGGCGUGCUAAGGCCAUUUGGGGAAGAAGGCGUUUCAUCAAGAGAGACAGCAAUUUGGUUGACAAAAAGCCUAAUGAACAUUCAAAAUCAGGCUGGGAAAAAGUAGCACCAUGACAUUUUUUUUUUUUUGAAAAUUUCCUGAGAAAGUAUUUAGUACUUGCUUUCAUGUAACUUAAAAAGUUUGAGAAUCUCCUUAAAAAGUAUUUAGUAUAGGCUAUCUUCAUCUCAAUCAAUAUUACCUCUACUUUAAUUGUCCUAA